AUGUACGCCGCCAACACCUGCACAUUUUGCCCCAAGGGCCGCGAGACCAAGCUGGCGACGGGCGCAGCAACCUGCAUAGCCUGCAUCCCCGGCACCACCCUCGUCUCCACUUCUGACCUCAACUGCACGGCGUGUGCACCUGGCGAGUACGCCGACAAGCAGGGCUCCUCAGGCCCCUGCAAGAAGUGCCCCAAGGGCUACGGCGUCGCUGAUGAGGGCAACAGCGCCUGCGACGUCUGCGGCCCCGGCACCUACCAGGACGAGGAGGGCCAGGUUGGGUGCAACGACUGCCCUGUGGGCACCUACACCGAGAUGACCGGCAGCACCGAGCUAGAGGCCUGCCUGCCCGCCCCCAAGGGCAACUACGCCCCAGGCACAGGCAACGACGGCUUCAUCCCCUGCGAGGGCGGCACCUACCAGGACGAGGAGGGCCAGGGUGCGUGCAAGCCCUGCCCGCCGGGCAACCAGUGCCCUGCGGGGUCGGUGGAGCCCAAGAAGUGCCGCCCUGGCUUCUAUGCCGACAGCCGGCAGCCCUUCUGCAAGGAGUGUGCCAAGGGCACGUACCAGGACAAGGAGGGACAGCGCGCCUGCAAGCCCUGCCCCGCUGGUAGCUACUGCCAGGCCACCAAGAUGGCCACCCCCACGGCCUGCCCGGCUGGCAAGUUUGGCGUCAAGUUCUCCUCCAUCACCCCCAACGACUGCCAGGCUUGCCCCAUCAACGUGAGUGUGUGGCACUAUUCUGAGCUGGCACCGAUUGUUGCUAUGCGCGCACCACAGCACUUUUGUUGA